GGGCAUCCGAGACCGCGGCGCCCGGCUCUGCCCCGGCAUCGCUGCGAGCCCGAGGCUGCCGCUGCCCGAGCGGGUGCGAGGUGCUGGACAUGGACACAGAGGAUGAGCCCUUGUUACAGGAUGGCUGGCUAGACGAGGAGGAUGAGGAUGUAGCCUUCGGCUCCCGGAAGAGGCAAGAAGGUGUCGUCUUAUGUGGCAAAAGCCCAUGCAGAGUCCGGCCCCCGCGUGUCACGCUGCCGGUGGCUGGCUUCUGGAAUAUUGUUGGCUGGGUAUUUACCAACCCCUACUGUGCUGGCUUCAUCCUUUUCCUGGGCUGUGCCAUCCCUGCUGUGCUCGCUGCUGUCAUGUUCCUGCACUACCCAGCCCUGGAUAUCGACAUCUCCUACAACGCCUUCGAAAUCCGCAACCACGAGUCCUCGCAGCGCUUCGACGCGCUUGCCUUGGCCCUCAAGUCCCAGUUCGGCUCGUGGGGGAGGAACCGCCGGGACCUGGCCGACUUCACCUCUGAAACCCUGCAGAGGCUCAUCUUUGAGCAGCUGCAGCAGCUUCACCUCAAUGCCUCCCACCUGGGGGUCAGCGCGCGGGGCAAGCGCAGCACCCCGGAGGGCAGGAGCAGCUCCGCCAAGCCCCGCGUGCGCCUCAGCGACCGCACCGCCCGGGCCGGGAGAGGUGCCCCACGCUGGGACUACUCCAGCGCUUCCAUGAGCACCAACACUCAGACACACGCCCACUGGCGCAUCGAGCUCAUUUUCCUGGCUCGGGGGGACUCUGAAAACAACAUCUUCACCACUGAGCGCCUGGUGACCAUCCACGAGGUUGAGCGCAAGAUCAUGGACCACCCUGGCUUCAGGGAGUUCUGCUGGAAGCCCCACGAGGUCUUGAAGGACCUGCCCCUGGGUUCCUACUCCUACUGCUCCCCUCCCAGCUCCCUCAUGACCUACUUCUUCCCCACUGAGAGAGGAGGGAAGAUUUACUACGAUGGCAUGGGACAAGACCUUGCUGACAUCCAAGGAUCCCUGGAGCUUGCCAUGACCCACCCUGAAUUCUACUGGUACGUGGAUGAGGGUUUGUCUGCUGAGAACAUGAAGAGCUCCCUGCUGCGGAGCGAGAUCCUCUUUGGGGCGCCGCUGCCGAACUACUACUCGGUGGAGGAUCGCUGGGAGGAGCAGCGCCGCAAGUUCCAGAGCUUUGUCAUCACCUACGUGGCCAUGCUGGCCAAGCAGUCCACAAGCAAAGUGCAGGUGCUGUAUGGAGGGACGGAUUUGUUUGACUAUGAAGUGAGGAAGACUUUCAACAAUGACAUGUUGCUGGCCUUCAUCAGCAGUAGCUGCAUAGCUGUCUUGGUCUACAUCCUCACCUCCUGCUCAGUGUUCCUGUCAUUCUUUGGCAUUGCCAGCAUUGGGCUAAGCUGCCUGGUGGCUCUGUUCCUGUACCACGUCGUGUUUGGGAUCCAGUACCUGGGUAUACUCAACGGUGUGGCUGCCUUUGUCAUUGUGGGGAUUGGGGUUGAUGAUGUCUUUGUUUUCAUCAACACCUACCGCCAAGCCACCCACCUCAAGGACCUGCGGCUGCGCAUGAUCCACACGAUCCAGACAGCAGGGAAGGCCACCUUCUUCACUUCCCUGACCACAGCUGCAGCAUAUGCUGCCAACAUCUUCUCUCAGAUCCCAGCCGUGCAUGACUUUGGACUCUUCAUGUCGCUGAUCGUGUCCUGCUGCUGGGUAGCUGUGCUCUUCACCAUGCCAGCUGCUCUUGGAAUAUGGACCCUUUAUGUGUCCCCACUAGAGAGCUCCUGCCAAAGCAGCUGUAGUCAGAAGUGUACCAGAAAGAGUGCCUUGCACCUGGCUGAAGAUCUCUUCAUUGCCUCAGAGGCCACUUCCAGAGCAGGCAGGGAGAUGCUUCCCUAUCUCGAUGAUGACAUCCCACUGCUCAGUGUGGAGGAGGAACCUGUCUCCCUGGAAAUGGGAGAUGUCCCUUUGGUAUCUGUGAUGCCAGAAAAUCUGCAGAUCCCUGCAGAGAAGAGCAACCGGGGUCAAUUGAUAACUCAUCUGCAGGAGCUGCUGGAACACUGGGUGCUGUGGUCUGCAGUGAAGAGCAGAUGGGUGAUUGUGGGGCUCUUUCUCCUUGUCCUGCUCCUGUCCAUCUUCUUUGCUAGCCGCCUCCAUCCAGCCAGCCGUGCUCCAGUCUUGUUCCGGCCAGACACCAACAUCCAGGUGCUGCUAGACCUGAAAUACAACCUGAGUGCUGAAGGCAUCUCCUGCAUUACCUGCUCAGGUUUGUUUCAGGAAAAGCCCCACAGUUUGCAGAACAACAUCCGAACCUCCUUGGAAAAAAAGAAGAGGGGCUCAGGGUCACCUUGGGGAAGCAAAGGGAGCAUAAGUGACACAGGGCAGCAGGAUCUCCAGGGGACUGUGUACAUCUCCAAGUCCAGAAGCAAGGGAAGGCCAGCCAUCUACAGAUUCUCCCUCAAUGCCAGCGUCCCUGCCCCCUGGCAGAUGGUGUCACCAGGAGACGGGGAGGUGCCUUCAUUCCAGGUGUAUAGAGUGCCUUUCGGUAACUUCACCAGGAAGCUGACAGCUUGUGUGUCCACAGUAGGGCUGCUUAAGCAGACGAGCCCCAGGAAGUGGAUGAUGACCACCUUGUCCUGUGACACCAAGAGAGGCUGGAAGUUCGACUUCAGUUUCUACGUGGCCGCCAAGGAGCAGCAGCGAACGCGGAAACUGUAUUUUGCCCAGUCACACAAGCCCCCUUACCAUGGCCGAGUGUGUGUCGCACCUCCAGGCUGCCUCCUCAGCUCUAGCCCAGAUGGACCCACCAAGGGCAUCCUUUACGUUCCCAGUGAGAAAGCAGCACCCAAAGCAAAGCCGUCAGCAACUUCAGGAUUCAACCCCUGCAUGAACACGGGCUGCGGGAAGCCGGCGGCGCGGCCGCUGGUGGACACGGGAGCCAUGGUGUUCGUGGUGUUCGGCAUCAGGGGCGUCAAUCGCACCCGGCGCCCGGACAACCACGUCAUCGGAGACAUGGGCAGCGUUAUCUACGAUGACAGCUUCGACCUCUUCAAAGAGAUUGGCAACCUGUGCCGGCUCUGCAAAGCCAUCGCCAGCAACACCGAGCUGGUGAAGCCUGGAGGGGCUCAGUGCCUGCCCUCAGGUUACAGCAUCUCCUCCUUUCUGCAGAUGUUGCACCCUGAGUGCAAGAACAUCCCUGAGCCCAACCUGCUGCCUGGACAGCUGUCUCAUGGGGCAGUGGGGGUGAAGGAUGGGAAAGUGCAGUGGAUCUCCAUGGCGUUUGAAUCGACAACCUACAAAGGGAAAUCUUCCUUCCAGACAUAUGCUGACUACCUGAAAUGGGAGACAUUCCUGCAGCAGCAACUCCAGCUCUUCCCAGAGGGCUCUGCUCUCCGACAUGGUUUCCAGACCUGUGAGCACUGGAAGCAGAUCUUCAUGGAGAUUAUAGGAGUGCAGAGUGCCCUGUAUGGUCUGGUCCUCUCCCUGGUUAUUUGUGUGGCUGCAGUGGCUGUGUUUACCACUCACAUCCUCCUCCUGCUGCCAGUGCUGCUCAGCAUUUUAGGGGUGGUCUGCUUGGUGGUGACCAUCAUGUACUGGUCUGGCUGGGAGAUGGGAGCUGUGGAAGCCAUUUCCCUCUCCAUCCUCGUUGGCUCCUCUGUCGAUUACUGUGUGCACUUGGUGGAGGGCUACCUGCUGGCAGGAGAAAACCUGCCCCUGCACCAGGCAGAGGACCCCACGGCGUGCCGGCAGUGGCGGACGAUGGAAGCCGUGCGGCACGUGGGGGUGGCGAUCGUCUCCAGCGCCGUCACCACCGUCAUCGCCACCGUCCCGCUCUUCUUCUGCAUCAUCGCCCCUUUCGCUAAGUUUGGGAAGAUCGUGGCCCUCAACACCGGAGUCUCCAUCCUGUACACGCUAACUGUGAGCACAGCCCUGCUGAGCGUCAUGGGCCCCGGCACCUUCACCCGCAGCAGGACUUCGUGCCUCAAGGCUGUGCUGGGGGUGCUUCUGGCCGGCCUGCUGGGCCUGUGCCUCUGCCUCGUCCUGCUCAAGAGCGGAUUUAAGCUCCCUCUCCCUAACGGGACGGCCCUGUAGGGCCUGUGCUGAGCCACGUGCUCUGUCCUCUCGCUCCUUUUCUUUUUGUCUGUUUUUUUUUUAAAGGAUAUUUUUUGUAAGAAAAAGAAAGAGGAAAAAAAUCCCCUUUUCCCAGAAGAUUUUUGACUCCAGAUGCACUUUAUUUUGUAAUGGGUUUUGCUCUAAACUUGUAUUUAUUUUGGGUAGUGAUGGUUGGAUGACGGACAGUGAGGGCUGCCCAGGGGAUACCUCAGCCCCUGAGUAGGAGGGGAGGAGGUCUCCUCUCAGUUUUCUUUCUGCUUUGCUUUGCUUUUCUUUUUCCUUUUCUUUUUCUUUUGUUUUUUAUUGUAAGGAAACAUCUUUCUGGAACCGCAGAGCUAAACGGGGACAAGUUUGGAAGGUCACCUGAUCCCUUGCAAAACCCUUCCCUCUGUCCCUCCCCUCCCCUUGGCCAGGGUCAGCACUGCAAGGAUGACUCGGGAGGUGAUGUCCUGCCCUCAUGCCGAGCUUGGUCCUCAUUACCCGAGCCUUGGGUAGCAGCAGUGAGCUGUUGGACAGGCCUGGGAAGCAGCGGUGGCUGGACCUCCAGGCUAUACCUUGUACCCAAGCUCGACCAGCAGUGAACUCGCUGCACAGGGGCUCUUAUGGGUGUCACAGGGGGAUCCCAAGUAGAGAUGUUGGGUGGUAGCACGGGCAGUGACCUACUUUUAGCAUUCAUGGAGAGUGUCAGGACACGUGGCUUUUCCCUUCAUCUGAAGGCACAGUGCACCUUUGGCUGAGAUCUCUUGGGUCUGUGAGCAGCCCUCAGGAAUGCAGUCAGUGCCCUUGGCAGCCUGGCCUCCUCCCCUUCAUCACAGUGGUGAGGCCAAGGCAGUACCAAUGCCAGUCCCACAAUUCCCCCCCUGCUCAGUGUGUGGCCUCACCAGCCUUCGCUCUUCAUGGCAGAGAGAAAACAUCCUGGAGGUCCCUGCAGAACCUUUCGGUCAUGGCAGUCAGCUCAGCCUGAGGAUGAGCUAGUCCCUGGAGCCAGGUAGAGCCCAUACCUGGUGGCAUGCACAGAUAAACCCUGGUGCAUCCUCCACAGCAGCUCUGACACCCUUCAGAGAUGGGAGGAGACGGGAGGGCAGCGGAGCUUCAGCCUGCGCCUGCUGCCUCCCCACAGCAGAUGGUCUAUAUUAAAGGAAAAUGAAAUAGCAAACUGGUGCCAUUAACAAGUACAUUUUAAGCAUCACUGAUUCUAUCAUAUUUUUAAAAUUGAAAUAGCUAAGGGUGUGCAGGGAUAUGCAGCACAUCUGGUCCUCAGCAGAGGGGGGGAGUUGGGCCCACGAGGAGACGCAUUAAACGUUAUUUACAGUGAUGCCGAUGGAGGGGUGGACAGAAAGCAGCCUGGCUCCAUUAGUUUGCAGAUUCCAUGUCCCUGGUGGCUUUGUGUUCUCUGUCUGGACUGACUCCCUCUUUAAGAUGGAAAUUCCAGGAAGCCUGUCCCCACUGACAGCCAAGUUCUGGGCAUUGUGCUGCUGAGACAGACCAGCAGCUGCUUCUGCUUGGCUCAGGUAUCACUGCUCUGAUCCCUGCCAGUCUGACACCUUCAUGUCACGUCACCCCUGGAAAGUGGGAUCAAGUGUUUGUUCCUCAAGUAGGUUCCUCGAGGUGUCAACUGGAGAGGAGUGCCAGGACAGGACUCUGAUGCCAGGGGAAAUCCAGAGCAAUCCUGCUGCAGGCAGUGAGGGUGGUGACAGCAUGAGCAGAACAGACCUGGCUUCUUCCUUGGCAGCCCACAGUGCAGCUGAGUUUCAGCAGUGUAUGACCCUAUAUGCUCCCCUGAGAACUCCCAAGUGGCAGCAAGCAUGGAGGGCAGUGAGCUAAUGAUGUACAGCCCCAUGAGACCUGUAUGGAUGUUGAAGGGGAGAGCAAGGUAGCCCCUAAUGCUGCUGCUAAGGAUGCUCUGGCUGGUGGCUUGACCUGAAUUUAGAUAAGGCUUCAAACACCUUGGGGUGAUUAAAGCCAAUGGAUAUUUCCAGGUCACUGGGCAAGUUAUAAAGGUGCUGAGUGCACCCUUAGAGGAAGACAUUCCUUCUAUGGAAAGAAGAAAUCUUGACAGGUCUCUAAGACUAGGCAUAGAUGUGCUUUGAAUCCUGCAAAGUUUUUCAACCUCUGGUGUCCUGUGUUUGUGCUCACUAUAAGGAGGCUACGUACCCCCACCUCCAGAGUGCUUCUGGACACACCAUGCUGCAACCAUUCAUUCAGCCACUCUUGGAAGACAAAGAUUAAUUUCAAAGUAGUGUAAAACCUUUUAUGUCUCUUGAGUCUGAUCUGGCAGUGUCUGAUCUGCACACAGAAAUAACGGAGUUCUUGCCAUCUGAUAGGGUCUGUCCUGUUUUCUGGAGCAGACAGGGGAAAGGACAAGCUGUCAUUCCCUCUUGUCCUCUCUGGCCAGCCCAGGCUCCCUCAGGGCAGAAGGGCUGGCUGGCACUAGGAGCAGGGCAUCUCCUUGUCCUUUUCUGUCCAAGGUGGUGCUGGCAGAGCAAUGGCUGGAAUGGUUCAGAAAGGAGAAUAAGAGACUGAGCAAGAAAGCUGAGACAAGGAGAGGAUGAGGAACUUACUCCAGAUUGUAGUAGGAUGACCAAAGAAAAAGGAGAUGAUCUUAGGUGGACUCACUGGAUGUUGGUAAGCUGAAAACCUGAUUAAACAGUCAUGACACUCAAGUCUUAAAUUUGCCCCAUCACCAUUUCACUCCACAGCUCUGUGGUCAAGGUGGCUGGUGCUUUCUUCAUGUGAGUGAAAGAGGCUUAGAGGUGGGGCCCAGACCCUGAUCUCCCCAGGCAUCUGUGGAGACAGUAAAUCAGUAACAGAUGUGUACAGCCAUCUCUAUGUAGGCAGCAUCCUUCCUGGGAAUAGCAAAUACUCAUAAAAUUCUAAAGGUAAGAAAAUGGAUGGGUUUAUGUGAGCAAAUGUGAAGGUGGGGCUGCCAGCCCUGCUGGGAAGCAGUGCUCUGAGGCAGAUGCUGGGAGCAAUAAAAAGCUUCACCUGUCUGGCACUGUGCUGGGACCAGAUGCUUGCCCUAAAUUAGUUCCUCCCACAUCCCUGCCUAUAUUCCUUCUCUGAUGACUCCUGUUUUCCAGACCAUCUCCUGGGGCCUGUCAUCUUGCUAAGUAAGGUACAGCCUUCUCUUAGGCUGCUUGUGCCUAAAGUGCUCAGGGUCUGGACUAAAAUUGGCUGGAGAUAGUCUCAGGGAGAAGUUCUCAGGCAGAGGAAGCUAAGGAGUUUAAAAUGUUCAUAGGAAGCGAUUGGGUUUAAUGCUUUUAAGCAGCAGAACACAGCAGAACAGAGCAGACCAGCCUUACUUUGAAGAGAAUGCUCUCAUUUUCCACUUUAAAACACUCUUGCUGCAGUUAAGAAGAAAUGUACACAAGCUCUCAGUUACAGCACAAUUCUAUUGGCUACCCACUCCUUUAUUUCUAGUGAAUGCUGGUUUGAGGGUUGUAUUCUGAAAAGUUGAUGCUAAUGUGCCAUCAUGGGGCUCAUUUAGAAACUGUCUCCUGCAAGCUGGAGUGGGUCCUGUCCUGAGCAGAAGCUCUCCCCCUGCCAGCCCAGGGCAGUCACAGAAGGGCACUGCUCCCCUGUGUUGAAGCUCUGUGGUGUAUGCAGAGGGGUCAUGCUGCUGCUCCUUGCCCUCAGUGGAGCUGCUGAGAGAGAUCAAGGCUGUGGAUACUCAGGGAUGGAGUCUCUGCUCACAACAGCCCUGUUGAAAUCAGCUUUGGAACAAGAAGGAACAGAGCUGAUGCAAUCUGCAAAGAUCAGUAUCAGAGGAAGGAAGAGCCCCAGGUCUCCUUGCUGUGUUUGCUUCCUUAUGCCCUGAUGCCUCUUGAGGCGUUGGCUUCACACAGGGUCUGGCCACGGACCUCAGCAGUUCCACAGGCUGCAGAUGCUGGAAGGAGAUCAGUGGCUGGACAGAGCUGUGUUUCUCAGUCCCUGCUGGAUAUGAAACUAUGCCAGAGCAAGGGUGGCCUGGGAACUCUGCCCAAGGAGAAGGACAUGUGGCAUAGCUACUGGGACCUUGACGCUGUGGUCUUGAGAGACCUCUGGCUUUGUCUCUGCUGGAGCAAACUGGGAUGUUGCUCUAUGUUACAGCAUCUAAUUUUUUUAUCUUGUCUUGCACUGAAUUUUCUUCCCAGAGCAGCUUGUCCUUCUGUAAGGUUAUAAAAGGCUUUUGAUUUCACCCUAUGACAUGUAUAAAUCCUCCUACACUGUCCACCAGGGAAGCUGUGCUGAGUGAUUUGCAGCCAGGCAGGACAAAUUCAGGCUGGUGGUUACUCCUUCAGCAAUCACUGCUCACUCCAGAUGGCACAGCAGCCAGAGUUCACAGGCUUUUCAAAGACCUCUGCUGACUGCUGUGCCUUGCCUUAGCACCCAGGGUCCUGGAGCUGAAAGUCUUUCAAGGCUCAUCUCCAGCCAUGGACGUCAUUGCUCGGUUCUUUGACUUCCUCCCCUCCGCUCCUUCUUGGGGCAGUUGCUGGAAGGGACAGGAGGGUGAUAGCCAGGACCAGAGGCAGAGAAACAAGCAGAUAAGCAGAAAGGUUUGCAAGGGGAAGCAGAAAAGAAUGAAUGGGAGGAAGGAUGGCUCAAAAGCCAAGGGGAGAAGGGGUGUGAGCACCCCGAGGAGCCAGGGAGGGAGGGCACUGCCGUUUGCCCACGUCCUGUGCAGACCUCAGAGCGUUGGUUCCCAGAGUGACGUAGCACAAUUCCUGAUGUAACGUACGCGUGUCACUUUUGUAAGUCGUCUC